AAGCGGGAGCAGCCAUGGAGGCAGGAGGAGACGAACGCGCCGCCGCCGAGGUGCUGCGAGCGCUCGCCCGGCACGUCAACUGCCUGAGCGAGGAGAGCAAGGCCACCAGGAGACGCGCGCUCGACGCCAUCCGCGAGGAGACGUUCGACAGCCGGCUCUCGAGCGCCGUGCUGCAGGACGUUUUCGCGGCUCUCCUGAGGCCCCUCCUCAAGUGCCUGACGGACCCGAUGGAGAGGUGCCGGGAGUCCGCCGUGCACAUGAUUGCGGACUUCCUGAGGAGCGUACCCCGGCCGGAGGACUCGCUGCCCUACCUGAUCCCCGCCUUGUCGCAGCGCCUGGCGGGGAGCGACCUCCCGGAGCCGUCGGAGGAGCUGCGCCUGGCCAUGGUGGAGGUGCUCAGCCUCGUCGUGGAGGUGUGCGGCGGGCGGCUCGCGCCCUACCUCGACCACAUGGUGCGGAUUCUGCAGAGGACCAUCGUGGACCCCUUUCCCGAGGUCAAGAAGGAGAGCUGUAGAUGCGCCGUCAGCUUCGCCAAGUGUGUCCCAGAUCAUUUCCAUAUGCAGUCAGAGAGUCUGGUGAAGCCCCUCAUGCAGACCGUGUGCCACCAACAUUUCCGAGUGAGGCUGGCCGCCAUCGAGGCCACGGGCGCCGUCGUCCAGUACGGGACCGGCAGGAGCGUGGACGACGUGCUGUCCCACCUGGCCCAGAGGCUGUUUGACGACUCCCCCCAGGUGAGGAAAGGUGUGACCCAGGUGGUGGGCGGCUGGCUCCUGCACCUGCGAGACCGGUACUCCUACUUCCACAAGCUGAUUCCCCUCCUGCUGAGCGGCCUCGAUGACAAGGUGCCAGAAAUCAGGCUCCUGGCCAGCGACCUGUGGAAGCAGAUCGGAGCCCAGUGGGAGAAGGAGAACGAGGAGGACCUGAAGGACAAGCUGGACUUCCCAGCCUCGCCCCCUGCGCGGUAUCCCACGGGAGCGGAGAGGCCGGGCCUGGGCUGCCGGGAGCUCGUGGUCAGGAACCUGUGUAAGGUGCUGCCGGCGGUCAGCAGGGACAUGACGGACUGGCUGGUGACUACGCGCGUCAAGUCGGCGCAGCUGCUCCGCGUCCUGCUGCUUCACGCCGAGGACCACAGCACACAGCACCUGGGCCUGCUGCUGUCCGCCCUGUACCGCGCCUGCGCGGACGGCGAACCCGGCGUCGUCCGCAGCGGUCUGGAGUCGGCAGAGCUGAUCGGGACUUUCGUCAGUCCCGAGGUCUUCCUCAAGCUGCUCCUGCCCCACGUGGAGAACUCCUUCUCUACCUCUUCGUCCUGCCCGGCGGCCCCGCUCGCGGUUCUGUCGGCAGCUCUGAGGGGCAGCUCCGGCGGCGCCCUGCGGCCCCACCUCGGGCGCGUCGGCGACACGCUCGCGCACCCCGACGUCUGUCAGGGGUCCCAGCAGGCCUCGUACCUGCAGCAGCUGCUGGCCUGUGUCCGGGCCUUACUGAGCACGUGCGACGGGGACUGCGAGACCAUCAGCCUCCAGCUGCUGCAGGUGCUGGUGACGGUACAGAGCGCCGCCGGCGAGCCGGAACUGCGGGAAGAGGCGCAGGAGGCUCUUCGAACCCUGUGUAGAGUGCAGGCCCUGGACGGAGAGGUGGAGCUCUACCGUCAGCACAUGGAGCAGCUCCUGUCCUGGUUGUCCAACGGUCUGCCCUCCUGGAGCAGCUACUCCGUCCAGAGGCUACAGCUGGAGGUCAUCGUCCUGCAGUCAGGGCCUGUGAUAGGGGAGUUCCUCCCCCAGCUGCUUCCCCUUCUGCAGGCUAGCGUCCAGCCCAGCCGGGACCCAGAGAUGAGGCUGCACAUCUUCAUUCUGCUGUCCAAGCUGCUGCUGGAUGCCAGCAACACGCUGGAUUCUCAGGGGAGGUUCUCCGAGCACCUCGUCAUGUUCCUGCUGGACCUGCUGCUGCCCAACCUGGUGUGGCACGCCGGACGCACCGCUGGCGCCAUCCGUGCCGCCGCCCUCAGCUGCCUGCUGGCACUGCUGCAAGGGGGCGCUCUGACGGGGGAGCAGCUCAUCGCUGUGGAAGAGAAGCUGACCCCUCAGGUGCUGGCCUGUCUCGAUGAGGACUCCCAGCUCUCCCGUCUCAUGGCUUGCCGCUCCCUUUUCGCGCUGCUCUCCCUCGCCGGGAAACACCUCCGUACGGACGCCCUCAACAAGAUCUACCCCGAGCUGCUGAAGCGACUGGACGACAGCAGUGAGGAGGUGCGUGCCACAGCCCUCAAGGCCCUGGGACUCUGGCUGUCGUGCCUGGGGAAGGACUACGACACCCAAGCGUGUCGCCCGCACCUGGAGUUCCUCUUCCAGCAGCUCUUGCUGCACAUGGACGACCCAGAGAGCCACGUGCAGGAGGCCGUGCUUGAUGUCCUGAAGACUGGCAGCACAGUUUAUCCAACUCUUCUGAGCAGGGAAGCGGAGGCUGUAAGGGACAAACAUCGUAGCCCCGCCUACUGCGACCGGCUGCUGGAGCACAUCCGCUCCUUGACGCAGGAGUCGGCCUAGGCGCUCGCUCUCGCUGAUGUGGGGCCCCAGAACUAUGCAAAGACACACCUCCAGAAAGAUACGUGUUCACACACAUACAACCGCGGUACAUACACAGAGGCCUUUUAGUGCUCGUGCAGCAUGGAAAAGUAGCUACAGUGUCGGGAAGAAAUGCACCCUGUGACACAUUUUCAAGGGAAAAGUUACACGGCUUGGAUUCACUGAUACAAAACGAAGAAGUGUGUACACUGAGAAAGUGACAUUUAGAAAGACAAAUAAAACACUGACUAUAAGGGACCAGAUGGAUGAUGAUUAAAAAAAAAUACCAA